CUCUUCUUUCUCAUUCCUCUUCUUAUAAGUCCUGUCUCUCUCUUAUAAUCUCAUUCACUGCGACGCUACUUUAGAAUUUCUGAAACAUGCAGAUCUUCGUCAAAACCCUUACCGGGAAGACUAUCACCCUCGAGGUCGAGAGUUCCGACACCAUCGACAAUGUUAAGGCCAAGAUCCAGGACAAGGAAGGUAUUCCUCCGGAUCAGCAGCGUCUGAUCUUCGCCGGGAAGCAGUUGGAGGACGGUCGCACCCUUGCCGACUACAACAUCCAGAAGGAGUCCACCCUCCAUCUCGUCCUACGUCUCCGCGGUGGGAUGCAGAUCUUCGUCAAAACCCUCACCGGGAAGACCAUCACCCUCGAGGUCGAGAGUUCCGACACCAUCGACAACGUCAAGGCCAAGAUCCAGGACAAGGAAGGGAUCCCUCCCGAUCAGCAGCGUCUGAUCUUCGCCGGCAAGCAGUUGGAGGAUGGUCGCACCCUUGCCGACUAUAACAUCCAGAAGGAGUCCACCCUCCAUCUCGUCCUACGUCUCCGCGGUGGCAUGCAGAUCUUCGUCAAAACCCUCACCGGGAAGACCAUCACCCUCGAGGUCGAGAGUUCCGACACCAUCGACAACGUCAAGGCCAAGAUCCAGGACAAGGAAGGGAUCCCUCCCGAUCAGCAGCGUCUGAUCUUCGCCGGCAAGCAGUUGGAGGAUGGUCGCACCCUUGCCGACUAUAACAUUCAGAAGGAGUCCACCCUCCAUCUCGUCCUACGUCUCCGCGGUGGCAUGCAGAUCUUCGUCAAAACCCUCACCGGGAAGACCAUUACCCUCGAGGUCGAGAGUUCCGACACCAUCGACAACGUAAAGGCCAAGAUCCAGGACAAGGAAGGCAUUCCUCCUGAUCAGCAGAGGCUCAUCUUCGCCGGGAAGCAAUUGGAGGAUGGGCGUACCCUCGCCGAUUACAACAUACAGAAGGAGUCAACUUUGCACCUGGUGCUCCGAUUGAGGGGAGGGAUGCAGAUCUUUGUUAAGACCUUGACAGGAAAAACCAUCACUUUGGAGGUGGAGAGCUCAGACACCAUCGACAACGUGAAGGCUAAGAUUCAGGACAAGGAAGGCAUUCCUCCGGACCAGCAAAGGCUCAUCUUUGCCGGGAAGCAAUUGGAGGAUGGGCGUACCCUAGCUGAUUACAACAUUCAAAAGGAGUCAACACUCCACCUCGUCCUUCGCCUCCGUGGUGGUGAUUUCUAGAUGUUUUUUCUUUAUGGUGAUAUUAUGUCGGCUGUGUCUAUGGUGGUUUGUUGGGUUGUGUGUCUCGCCUGUCUUUCUGUUGGAAGUUUUUUUCAGUGUAUUUGUUCGGUCCCUUGGUUCUUCUCCUUAAGUAAGAACUUUAGUAGUUAAAUCGAGUCUUUGGACAAAUGUAAUUCCCUUUUCCAUAUCUAAAUGAAAAAUAAUGGCAUAGUUUGUUCAAA